AUGGCAGAAAAGGUGACUAGCUUGAAAACAAAAGCAGAACCAGUGGACGCAACUACUGAGCAGUCUGCAAAGAGAUCUAAGCAUGAAAAAACAGCCGAACCUGGGGUUCCGAAACAACAGAUUCCAAGGCCCGGCUACGGAAAGAUGGGCAGACAAGUCAGAAUUGUUGCAAAUCACUUCCUGGUGAAAUUCCAGCCUCGCACGGCGGUCACGCACUACAGCUGCAAGGUGUACGUCACGAGUGACGAGAACAGACCUUUGAGAAGCACAGUCAAACGUAAGGUUGUCGAUGCUCUCCGCGACAAUAUCGAUUUCAAAGGCCUCCCUUUCGCGUACGAUGGCGACCAAAAUCUGUACGUGGCCGGGCAACUCGAGAUCAGACUCAAAGAGUAUCAAGUAAGCCUGCCGGCGGAUCACCGCCGGGCCAGUCCUACAUUUAACGUCGAGCUGGCCUACGCUGCGGUCAUAGAUAUGGCCACCAUGGCGGCUGUCAUUCGUGGGGAGCCAGACAAGAGAGCUCAGGAUGCUCUCAGGGUUCUGGACAUCAUAAUACGUGAGCAUGCAUCGAAGAAGGGCAACAUUCUCCAGCGCGAUUGUUUCUUCAGUAAGGCCUUCGGGCGAGUGGUCGAUUUACAAGGGGGCGCAGAGACGUGGAAGGGCUACCACGCGAGCUUCAAACUGAAUCAGAAUGGACUGUCGUUGAAUCUGGACACCGCCACAACGAUUAUGAUCAAGGAGAGCAAAGUUGAGGCGUUCGUGGAAGAAUUGUGCAGGAAGAAAACCCGACAAUUCACGGAUGAAGAUUACGGCAAGUGCAAGAGGGCGCUGAAGGGCAUACUGAUCCACAACGAGCAUCAGAAGGAACGCAAUCACAAAAUCCUCGGGUUCAGUCCAGCGGCAAAUAGCUCUCAGACGUUUCGGAUGAAGAAGAAAAACUCGCCGGACACGAUCGACGAUUUCGAAGAGAUCACGGUGGCCGACUACUACACCAAGGUGAAGGGCGUCGCCCUGAAGGCGCCCUUCCAGCGAGCCCUGGAUGUGGGGCGAAAGGGCAGGCCCACGUACUUUCCCAUGGAGCACUGCUCGAUCGCGCCUGGGCAGAGGUACAGGAGAGCGCUCACCACAAUCCAGAGGCAGGGGAUGAUCAGGGAGUGCAAGCAAAACCCGGACCAGCGCGUGCGGGCCAUCGACGCCAUGAUGCAGACGAACAAAUUCCACGACGACGAGAUGGUCAAGGCCUUCGACGUUCGCAUCGACGACAAGAUGGUGCGGCUCGAGGGUCGCGUGCUGGAUCCGCCGCAGCUCCAAUUCGCCAAGAACCACCGCGAGACGCCGCGCAACGGGAGAUGGAACUUCAAUGUCGAUCGGCAGAUGAAUCGGCCCGCGAGCACGAGCAAGUGGAUCGUGGUCUGGUUCAAGAGCCGGCGCACUCUGAGACUGGACACGAAGAAGAUCGGCAGCGACCUCGUGGACGUGGCGGCCAAGAAGGGCAUGAAGCUCGGGGCCUUCGAGGUCUUCGAGGAGGGCGACGGCGAUCACGAGCGCCGGAGCCCGGCGCAGCGCGUCGACGCCAUGAUCGACCGGCUGCGCGACGCCGUUCGCGACGCUCGAGGCGCGCCGGUGCCGGCGGCGCGCUGGCCGCUGAUCGUCGCCAUCCUCCCUGAGAAGUCGCCCGACCUCUACGUCCCGUUCAAGAAGAUCUGCGAGACGCAGAUUGGCGUCGUGACGCAGUGCAUCGUGCCGCCCAACGGGCAAGCCAAUGCCAAGUACCUGUCCAGCGUCUGCCUGAAACUCAACCUCAAGCUCGGCGGCUACAACUCGGUGCUCGCCGGCGAGGACGGCAAGACGCUCCCGAAGAUCUCCCUCGUGCCCACCAUCAUCUUCGGCCUCGAUGUCUCGCACGGCCCGCCGGGCGACUGCGACUCGCCGUCCGUCGCCGCCGCGGUGGCCACCGUCGAGUGGCCGCGGUUCUCGCGGUACGCCUGCAGCAUCCGCGCCCAGAAGCCCAAGGAGGAGAUCGUCGCCGGCCUGUUCCAGAAAACCGGGGACGGUCGCGACGCCGGCAUGGUUCAGGAGCUUCUGAUGCAGUUCUUCCUCAAGUCCGCGGCGGCGGGCCGGCCGCUGGAGGAGCGGAAGCCGCGCCAGAUUCUGGUGUUCCGCGACGGCGUGAGCGAGUCGCAGUUCCGGGAGGUUCUGGAUCAGGAGGUGGGCGCCUUCAAGGCGGCGUGCCGGGCCUUGGAGAAGGACUACGACCCUCGCAUCACCUUCGUCGUGGUUCAGAAGAAGCACCACACGCGGUUCUUCCAAGACGCCCAGUUCGGGAACGUGGCCCCGGGAACCGUCGUCGACCGCGUCGUCUGCCAUCCUCGGCACUACGACUUCUACAUGGUCAGCCACGCUGCCAUCGGAACGUCUCGCCCUACGCACUACCACGUUCUGUGCGACGAGAUCGGCUUCAGCGCCGAUGACAUCCAGCAACUCACUCACGGCCUGUGCUACACGUACUCGCGCUGCACGUCCGCGGUCUCCGUCGUCGCUCCCGCAUACUACGCGCAUGUGGCCGCAGCUCACUGUCGGAACUUCGUCGACACGUCGGAUUCCAGUUCGGAUUCCACUGUCCGAGCCGCGGAGCACGACGAACGAUGUUUGUCGGCCCUUCCGAAGAUUCACGACAACGUUUUACAAAAAAUGUUUUAUGCCUAG